UUCAUCUUCAAAUUCAAUAGGAAAGUCAAAUUUUACAAUGGCCAUUGCAGAAACCUCACAUAAAUCACCGUCAAAAUCAACUAAAGGUUCCAAGAAGGAAGCUAAGGAUUCAGUCAAGCGUACUGCUGAUGGAUCUCCUAAAGCUGAAUCAUCUCCAAAGAGAGAAUUCACCGAUCUCGAGCAUGAACUUUUCGCCAACCUUGCCGUAUCUGCUAGAGCAAUGGAUGCACAAUUAAAGAUUAUUAAGCAACUCUUUGCUGAUAACAACAAGGAGCUUAACUUUAAUAAACGCGCUACCAAGCCCCAAAAAGAUCCAGAGGCACCAAAGAGACCUGCUUCUGCAUACCUUCUCUUCCAAAAUGAUCUUCGUACUAGAAAGGAUCCAGCUCAAUCACAAACUGAGUUCAUGGCUCACGUUGGUUCAGAAUGGCAAUCAUUAGGCAAAGAAGAAAAAGAGAAGUACCAAAAGUCAUACCAAAAGGCUUGUGAAGUCUUUGAAAAAGAGAGAGAAAAGUAUGUCAAGUCUGGUAAAGAAGCUGCAUGGCAAAAGCAGAUGCAAGAAUUAGGCGUACCAGCUGAUGCACCAAAGAAGAAGGAAGCUGCCAAGAAGAAGGCUGAACCAAAGGAAAAUAAGGACGACAAGAAGGAAAAGAAGGAUGAUAAGAAAGAAGAAACAAAGCCUGCCAAAGCUAAGGCUGAAAAGAAGGAAGAGAAAUCCUCAACUUCCAAGUCAGCAUCAAAGAGCAAAAAGGAGGAAAAGAAGCCAGAACCUACACCUGCUGCCGAAGAAUCCGACGAAUCCGUCUCUGAAUCUUCUGACUCUGAGUCCGACUCUGACUCUGGUUCAUCCGACUCUGAUUCAUCUGAGUCUGAGUCUGAGCCAGAACCAUUGCCAGAGCCACCAAAGAAGCAAGCUAAGAAGGAGGAGAAGUCAUCUAAGAAGUCAAAGAAAUAGACAUCGGCUAAUAAUAUACAGUAAUCUUUAAACAUAUAUUUUUGUACAACCCUCUUUACGUUAAUGCACUAGUAUUUUUU